CAGCGUUUAAAUUGUUGUUGAGUCGUGUUGUGCUGCAAGCUACGGCUCCCGGUGCCGGCCGGCGUCAGUCAUCAGUGCGCACGAAGCCCCCGCCGGUAGCGCGUGUGUUGCGUCUCGACGCUUGUUCGCGCGUAAACAAACGACCACUCUCGUAUGUUAAUUGUUAAAGGAUUUAGCGAGGUUUUUGUUGUGUUAAUUAAAGUAUUAUUUAAUACACGUCUUCUUCGAGCAACAGAUCAUGCGACAGGUCCGUAACGAGAGCAUAUAGUGAGCGUCUGCGAGCAACACAACAACCAAAGAACUGCAAUGGAGAAUAUGUUGUCGACGCUUGCGCCGGCGGCGGCGGCGGCAGUGGGCGCGGACUGGUACAACACGACUGUGGCGGUCAACGCUACUGCGGGGGUUGAGGUAGCGGCCAGCCCGCUCCGGCAUGGUGGGCGCGUGUUCAUGGCGCUGGUGAAGGUGGUGUACGCGGUGGGCAUCGUGGGCAACGCGGCUGCCAUCGUGGCGCUGCGCCGCGGGGAGCGCCGCGUACGCAACCGCAAGCACCUGCUACUGCUCACCAGCCUCGCCGCCAACGACCUCGUCGCACUCGUGGGCAUGAUGUGCGCGAUGGUGGUGUCCGAGCAGGUGCCGGGCGCGCGCAAUACGCGGGCCUAUUGCGCGGCGCGAGUGCUGCUGCGUGUGUUCGGCGUGGGCAGCGUCUGCAUCGCGGUCACCAUGGCGCUCGAGCGAUACCUCGCGCUCACGAGGCCCUUCCUCUACCAGAAGCAAGUGACGUAUUACGUGAUCCGCACGGCGUUGCUGGUGUCUUGGGCGUGGGCUGCGGCGCUAACGUGCGCCCCGGUGCUGGGCCUCGGCCUCUACUACGACGAGGCCAACCGCUGCUGCACACGCUACCGGAACGCCGUCACCCCUGUUGACUUCGCCUACGCCGUCUUCUACGUCGCCUUCGGCACGCUGCUGUGUGCGGUGCUGGUGUAUUGCAACCUGGCGGUAAUACGCGCGUUGUACGCCAUCACGCUGGGCGGCGGCACGGUGCGGCGUGUGUCGCGCACCAGCUGCCGGCGGCAGGCGGGCCGACCGCCCGGCGCGCCACCCGCACCACACAAUGCUGCCACCGCCGAGGAGGUCGCCUUCAGCCGCCUCAUGGCCACGCUCUCCGUGCUCUUCAUGAUCUGCUGGCUGCCACAGAUGGUGACAUCAGCGCUGUAUCUGGCACUGGGGCCGGCGUCGUGGGGCCGGCUGGCGUCGCUGGGAGCGCUCAGCGACGUGCUCAUGCUGCUCAACUACGUGCUAGACCCCGUACUGUACGUGCUCAUGCGCCAGCGCCGCCUGCUCUCCUGGCCGCUCUGCUUCAAGCGGAACCACAAGACGUCUACGGAGUCAAUGAAGACGUCUUGCUGCCCGCAGGAGACCGUGGUGGUCAGUGACAGUGGCAGCGAGCUUAAACCCCUCCGCGCCGCACCGUGCCCUGCGCAGUGCCCGACGCUUGUUCGCCUCGACUGACACACGCAAGCGAGGCGCACGCAGCGCAUGCCGCGCACGUCGCGCAGCUCUGCGGAUAUACACGCAAACCAGCGGGCAAUGUCUACUUGCGUUGAUCGUCCACAUUUGUUUCAGUACAAGCGAUAUUGAAUUAAAGUUUGAGAGAAAAUUGCUGUUCUCUUAGUACAAUAUUUUGUAAGAGAAUUUUGACAAUGCUAUAAAAAUGUAUCCGUUUCGUGUUUGGAAUCCAAUAAUUUAUCGUACGUGGACCAAAUAAUCGAAGCUUUAUUAAUUUACCUGAUCUUGCAGUAAUUUAAAUAAUAGACUUGUUUUAGCGCUUCUGCAUAAUUAAUAUUAACAUAUUCGUAUGUUAUGUGAAACGAGCUAGUUUCGUGAAAUAAAGUCAAUAGAAAGCACAAAACCAAUAAUUACACUUAUGACUUAAAACCAAAGUAAUGUAAUGUCUAUUCUCAGAGAAACAAUUUUUCACACAGUUAUAGACUACUACAUCACGACUGAUCAUGAGGAUAAUAAAAAGAAAGAGAAAGAAAACCGUGCAUCUGUCUCUCACCGAAGUCUCGACGUCUUCAAUAUCAGUAACUUGUUCUUGUUGUGUUCUUACUAAAUUUCACAACAUGCGGUAGUAUUACAUAUAUCGUUUAAGUUAAUGUUUCUGUAAAGUUAUGUAAUUAACAAAUCUUCGUAGUUACGCGAAUACCUACCGAUCGUGAAACUAGUCUUAAAUAUAACUUUAACGUAAGUAAAUUUGGUACUUAGGGAUAGUGUAAGUGUUGUGUCUUUAAAUGUAUAAACAUUUCAUAUUAAAUUAAUUCCAAGCAUCUCAUUUAUAUAUAGGAAUAUAUUAUAUUUACAUAAGU